CAAUACGAGUAACCUUGUCAAGGUCUUUUUAGUUAUUGAAGAAAGUUUGAGGUCGCCACCUGUCAUGUUUAUUGUUUGAGGUUAUGUAAAUGCAACAAUUUUCGAUAAUUAAUGAUAAUUGACUGAAAUGGUGCGCCACAAAAACAGAUACAUAAUAAUUGAAGUCCUCGAGGACUCCCAUAAACCUUCAGACUCUUUUAAAAUCACUCAAAACCACUUAUACCGUGGCAUUAUAAGCUCGGUUCAAAAAUUACAUGGGGAUUUUGGGGUGGCCGCGUGUACGGCCGGUUUUGUCUUAAGAUAUUGUAAUGAAAAAACUAGAAUUGCAAUAAUGAGGUGUAGACAUGGCCCCCAUAAGCUGGUGGCUAGUAGCUUACCAAUUCUUAGAACAGUUGGAAACAAUGAGGUUUACGUUAAUACUUUGUAUAUAGGGGCGACUAUGAAACAUUGUUUUAACUUUAUACUAAGAUAUCAGCAGAAGAAAUUUGAUGAGUUUUGUGUUGGGCUGAAGACUCAAGAGGAAAAGGAAGAGUUGAAGAAGGAGAUCAUGCAUUUGGAGCCGCUUCUGAAAAUGUAAUCACAAGUUAUGGAGUCUUUUUGUAUAUACGUUCGUUCCUUUGAAUAAUAAAAAAAUUAACAUGU